GUUGUGUUUGUAUUUUGUAAGAGAGAGAAAAGAAUGGAGAAGGGAAAGGGAGUCAUGGGAGGCGGUCGAAGAUGGGCCGUUGACAUGACGGACAACUCAACCUCUCCUUGUUCCCGCGACGUCCCUGACCCUCCUGGCUUCUCCAGGGCCUCCUCCGAUCAGGACGAUUCAACUGUGAGCCGCCAGAAGAAGGAAGCUGAAUCAACAUGGAAAACUCAGAAAGCUUGGGAAGUUGCACAGGCCCCUUUAAAGAAUUUGUUAAUGAUGGGCUUCAUGAUGUGGAUGGCUGGCAGCACAGUCCAUUUGUUCAGCAUUGGUAUUACAUUUUCUGCUCUCUGGCAGCCCAUAAGUGCCUUACAAGGUGUAGGAAAGGUUUUUGAGCCCUACAAGGACAGCAAAGUGGAUCUUCUUGGCCCAAAAUUGCUCUUCGUCGCCCUUAAUUUGGGAGGUUUAGCACUUGGUGUAUGGAAGCUUAACACAUUGGGGUUGCUUCCUACACAUGCAUCCGACUGGGUUUCAUCUUUACCCCCUGCUCAGGAGGUUGAGUAUUCUGGUGGCGGCAUUCCUCUAUAUUGACAUCCAUGUUUGUUUGGUUGCUGCCAAUAUCAUCAAGGAUAAUGUGACUAAUAGAAAGUGAAGCAGGAGGAGAUGUGUUGCGUAUAUACUGGCUGAUGGCGCAUAUCAUAUGACUAGUCUCGAGUUAUAAAUUAUAUUAAUUAAAUUUUGUGUUAGGCAUAGAGCCAGUUUGUAGUACUUUUAUUCAAGCAACUUAUGGAUUAUCAUCCAAUCUAUAUUUUAGCAGUCUGAUCUUUGCUA